UCUGCUUUACAUUCGCCUUUACUAACACGAGUUGGCCCGAAACAAUGUCUAACACAUACAGCUUCGCCGCGGCAAGUGCUGCUGGUCAGAUUACCGGCCGGAGGGUCUUUUCAGUAUCGAGCCCUAGAGAGCACCAUGAGUCUGGCCAAGGUUUUGACUUUUCCAGGCCCGAUAAUUUGAGUCGAGCUUUUGCCGUCGAGAGCCUCCAGUUUUACCGCUCAAGCAUUGUAGAACGGGAGGCUAUAUAUAGGUCGUUGUCUGAUUGUCUUCUAACAUAUAGUGAAGAGUUUAAAGAGGUUGUUUCGCUUUGUGUUGGCAAACCAGACGGUGUGUUUGCUCAUGACCGUCAGUUUAAACUACCCGAUAAAGUCGAUGCCGUUCGUCAAGUAGUCGCUAAGAAUAUGAACCUGUUGGACGGUAGCUUCUACAGCUACAAGCCCAUCUUUAACAGGGUAAGGAAAUCGCUCUACUCUUUUUGGGUUGUGCCGGUAGAUGGGGUUUGGGUUCUGAUCGUUAUGUACCUCGUGAACUACUACGAUGAACAAAAACACGCGAACCGCAAAAUGAGCGUAUCCAGAAUCGACGGGGAGUCAAUCACUGCUAGAUUUAUAAGGGUCUAUGAUGUCGUCGACGAAGGCAGACUCGAGAGGCGGAAGAGAAUACGAGAAAGACUCCCGACCAUACUCAAAGAAGGCGACAUCGACAUCCCAGAUAUCGACGGGAAAUACCCGUCAUUUGCGGGGGUGGAAGGGCUUCCCACCUUGUUUAAUCGCAGCCAUGAAUCAGGUCUGCUCAUUCACAUGCUUGUCGAGCAUUUGUUUGAAAGGCUUGAAAACGUUGUCCAAAAGGAGAAGAACCCCUAUCUCGGAACGAUCCGGCAAAGGCUUCAUAACCGUUAUGAGGAACCAUUUUGGUCACCCAUCCGUCUGCCCGCGAAUCCAGGUACACUAUAUAGGGCUCGUGGUCGAAUGAUUGGGAACCUCAUGACUGGCAUGAGCGGUACGAAUCAAUGGCAAGCAACAGCGGCCAUUGAAUUGCCUGAUUGCGAAGUACGUAUGGGAGGCGGUUCGUCGUCGAUCUUGAAUAGUCUCAGCCUAGCUGAGGACGUGCAGGGCGAUGGGAACGAAAGUCUGAUAUAGUUGGCAGUUAAUUUGAUGAGUGAUUUGGUCAGUCUGGUAUAUAGCUUGGGUUAAAUAUGGGCUUUAUUGGUUCUGGUAUAUGUAAGUGUCUAGGUUAAAUACUCUUAUCCAAUUGGAAGUGAAAGUGAUACUUAGGUUAUCUUAAACCCUUAAGGCACGCCUUUUUAGAAAUGACGUAACGUCUUCAGCCAAUUAGCGCCUCGGGGAACCGAAUCCGCGAACCUGUCUGUAGUAAAACAAGGGCUUUUAGGAUAAAAUCCGGAAGUCGCGAAGAUCCAACAAACUUGUCUUACGUCUCUUUCAUUGUUGAACCUUUCUUGUUCUACUAUGUACCUAAC